GACAUGAUCCCUUCUAUCUUAUUCUACAAGAAAACCACACCUCAAAAACACGCGCCGCCAUCUGCGCGUCAUAAAAAUAGUCCCAAACAAUAACCUCUGAUUUUCCACUUUUUAGUAGCCCGCGAAUAGAGUACCAAGAUGGUGGACCCCACGUCUUUCUCGCUAACUCUGAAAUGCCACCGCCAUUACUCAUCCAUCAACCACCCUCAACUCCUCACUUCAACAAUAUUCAACUGUAAUAAGAAAAAAUGAAGCCAAUCAUAUGCAGAUUAGAAAAAAAAAUAAAAAAUUAUAUACCAGUAAAAAAGCAAGUGUAUGACAUGGGUCCCAUUUUGUUCUUCUUGUAGAAACUUUGAUCUGGGUUCGUGAGCUGGAGCUGUUGCCUGGUGGGAUUUUGUUAAUUUUUUUUUUCAAGAUAGCAAGUUGGGAUAUUAUCAAGUAUGUGGAGGGACCCUGGUGCUCCUGCUGAUUCUUUCUAUCAGGUUCGCCCUGAAUGUACAGAUGUUCCCAAAACUAGAUUUAGAAUCAAGGCUGGGAAAACCUUAAGUGCAAGGAAAUGGCAUGCUGCAUUUACGUCAGAAGGUUAUCUUGACAUUGGCAAGACGCUAAGUCGAAUUUAUCGUGGGGGCAUUCAUCCAUCAAUUAGAGGUGAAGUUUGGGAAUUUUUACUGGGUUGCUAUGAUCCAAAGAGCACAUUUGAGGAACGAGAGCACAUACGACAGCGGCGGAGGGCCCAGUAUGCUGUACUGAAAGAAGAAUGCCGCAUGAUGUUUCCCAUGAUUGGAAGUGGUAGAUUCAUUACUGCACCUGUAAUUACUGAAGAUGGUGACCCUAUUCGAGAUCCUAUUACUCUCCAAGAGGCACAAGCGGCAAAAGAAUUAAGUUCAGGUGGUCAACAAAAUGGGGCUUCAGCUGGAUAUGAAAUGGUAAAGGAGCACGACAAAAGAAUAAUCCAGUGGAAACUGUCAUUACACCAGAUAGGGCUCGAUGUUGUUCGGACUGACAGGACACUUGUCUUUUAUGAGAAACAGGAGAAUCUAGCCAGGCUUUGGGAUAUUCUGUCUGUUUAUGCUUGGUUUGACAAAGAUGUUAAUUAUUGUCAAGGAAUGAGCGAUCUUUGCUCCCCCAUGAUUAUCCUUCUUGAUGAUGAAGCCGAUGCAUUUUGGUGCUUUCAACGCCUUAUGAGGAGACUGAGAGGAAAUUUCAGAUGCACCGAGAGGUCUGUUGGAGUAGAGGUGCAGCUGAGUAAUCUAGCUUCAGUAACACAAGUUAUUGAUCCUAAACUUCAUCGUCACUUAGAGACAUUAGGUGGAGGUGAUUACCUAUUUGCUAUCCGGAUGCUCAUGGUUUUGUUUCGUCGAGAAUUUUCUUUUGCUGAUUCAUUAUAUCUUUGGGAGAUGAUGUGGGCCUUGGAAUAUGAUCCGGACUUGUUUCUUAUGUAUGAAGACCCUGACUUAGCUGCUGAAAAAUCUGAAGGAUCUAAAGGAAGACCAAAAUCGACACGCCAGUGUGGGAAAUUUGAGAGAGAAAAUAUGAAAAAUGGAGGCAAAGGUGUUGAAGCUCCCCUCCCAAUUUCCGUUUUCCUAGUAGCCAGUGUCCUGAAAGACAAGAGCACAAAGUUGCUGACAGAAGCUAAAGGACUGGACGAUGUUGUUAAGAUACUGAAUGACAUCACUGGAAACCUGGAUGCCAAAAAGGCUUGCACUGGUGCAAUGAAACUUCACAAGAAAUAUCUUAAAAAGGCAGCCAAUGCCAACAGGUAGCCAAAGCCAAAGCAAGUGCUAGGAAAUUCAUAAGCCAUGGAGCUCAUGUAAAAUAACGUUUGUUAUCCUUCUCUUUGAACGUGUGACUGUACUUUCCCUGUUCUCUCCAAUGAGCUUAAUGUUGCUUCAGUAUUGCCGCAGGGUAAGAAUGCUAUCGUGAUUUUCGAUAUUUAGAUUUUUUGGCCAUUUUGAGGAAGAGUGUGACUGCUUUUGUAUACUAUGGCUUGAUUUUGUUGAGGCCAAUGUAAAUUUCCAUUGUUGUCCAGCUCCAAAUUGAUAGUCUUCUUGUAUACUAAGACGCUCUUCCGAUCCAUAGGUUGUUGUAACAUAACAUUUUCUUUUGUAGUUUAUGAUGAAAUUACAUGUAGUAUAAAAAGCUAAUUACCUCA